UUCCUGGAACACUCUUGCGCGAAGAGAAGCACAAUCUAACUUACUAGAGGUGCGCACAACAAGGGAAAAGAAAUUGGACAAUUAUAUUGGGAGAGGGCUCCAGCGUUAAAUUGCAGAUCAACUGCUGUGGGGUUCGACUUUGUACAGCUCCCUUAGUUUGACCUUUACUUAUUUCAGAUGAACUUCAAUUGACUGGCAACACACGGCUUUUGAAAAUUCCCCGCAGUUUGCCCUAUAAACUACUAUCUUGGUUUAUGGAAUGAGACUCUUCACUUUCUCCGCCAUGCAUCAGCAUGUCCAACCGCGCAGAUGCUUGGAAAUAAGAUCAGUUUGUCACAAUGGCCGUGAUCUGACCCAUCUUUUCCACCCUCGCUUUAUGACGAGCAGCUAUACUAGACCGAGGUCUACAAUCGCCAUUAGGUCUAAGUCUAUUAUUCACACGGGCACAGCAACUGUGAGGUAUAAUUCACAUGCUCCGUUCGCAUCGCCAUUGACAGUCCAGUCACCCAGCACAGCAGAGCCGACCUCUGCAACUCGUUAUACUCCACCUAAGACUGGACUUGUUGCCUCCCUUCCUCAGUCGUGGAUACCGUAUGCUGAAUUAGUACGCCUCGACAAACCCACUGGCACAUACUAUCUUUUCUUUCCAUGCGCAUUUUCAACACUUCUGGCGGCCCCUCUAGCAUCAUCGCCCCCUUUGCAAGUACUUGGAACGAUGGGGUUGUUCUUCACUGGAGCCUUGAUUAUGCGGGGCGCCGGUUGUACAAUCAACGACCUAUGGGAUAGGAACUUGGAUCCACAUGUCGAACGCACCAAGUUCCGGCCAAUUGCUAGAAGGGCAGUAUCCCCGCGCAGAGCUGUGGUGUUUCUUGGGGUACAGUUGCUAGCAGGACUAGGUGUCCUCCUUCAGUUUCCGACAUCAUGCCUUUGGUUUGGGAUACCUAGUCUACUUCUUGUGACAACUUACCCUCUCGCCAAGCGCAUCACCUACUACCCGCAAGCCGUCCUAGGCUUAACAUUCUCGUGGGGUGCGAUGAUGGGGUUUCCAGCACUGGGUAUAGAUCUGCUUAGCAACCAUGCUGCUUUAGAGUCUGCAGCAGCACUUUAUUCUAGCUGUGUUGCUUGGACAAUACUCUACGAUAUGAUCUACGCCCAUAUGGACAUAAAGGAUGACGUAGCGGCGGGUAUAAAGUCCAUCGCCCUUCGUUAUGAACACAACACAAAAACAGUUCUUUCCGCUCUAGCAACUGUCCAGGUGUCGCUGCUUGCUGCAGCUGGAGUGUCGGCUGGUGCUGGUCCGAUUUUCUUUGUUGGCAGCUGCGGCAGCGCUAUCCUUUCUCUUGGAAUCAUGAUUUGGAGAGUUCAGUUAAAAAAUGUGCAGAGCUGCUGGUGGUGGUUUAAGAACGGCUGUUUGUUCACUGGGGGUGGUAUUACAUUAGGGAUGCUACUUGACUACAUGGCGCGUGCAACUGGUCUAUAUAAGGAUGCAGAGUCACCGGGCAAAGUGAUCACAAGUGAAGCUUAGGUUCUAGUCCUCUAAGGAGCCUAGCUGAUUGGUUAGUACAAUACUUGUAGUAACCAGUCAAUGACCUAUCCUGGGCUCUAGGUCAUAAUUUCAGACAUCGAAG